AUGCCGCGUGCCAAGCGAGGGGUUCGAUUCCCUCACAAGGCCAACAACAAUGGCCAUACUUCUGACCGCCGCUCGAGCUUCAGCGACUUCAGCGAAGAGGGUUCCUCUCCAGCAAAACCCAGAUCGUCUUCUCAGUCGCAACAUCAGACCCUCCACGAGAUCAAAGAGCGUCAGGCUCCCGAAGACGAGAAACGCGCCGCGUACGAGAAGAAAAAGGCCAACUUCAUCACCCGCACCUUCUGGACCUUUGUCAUGGUCGCCGGCUUCCUGACCGCCCUCUUCAUGGGCCACAUCUACAUCAUCUGCGUCAUCACCGUCAUCCAGGUCGUCUCCUUCAAGGAGGUCAUUGCCAUCUCCAGCGUCCCGACCCGCGCCCGCAAGCUACGCCCCUCCAAGAGUCUGAACUGGUACUGGCUGGCCACCACCAUGUACUACCUCUACGGCGAAUCUGUCAUCUACUAUUUUAAGCACAUCGUUCUCGUUGACAAGGUUCUCCUGCCUCUGGCCACCCAUCAUCGCUUCAUCAGCUUUCUUCUCUACAUCUUUGGCUUCGUCUUCUUCGUCACCACCCUUCACGCCGGCCACUUCAAGUUCCAGUUCACCCAGUUCGCCUGGACGCACAUGGCCCUGUACCUCAUCGUCGUCCAGGCUCACUUCGUCAUGAAUAACGUCUUCGAGGGCAUGAUCUGGUUCUUCCUCCCCGCUACCCUCGUCAUCACCAACGACAUCUUCGCCUACGUCGUCGGCAUCACCUUUGGCCGCACUCAGCUCAUCAAGCUGUCGCCCAAGAAGACGGUGGAGGGUUUCCUCGGCGCGUGGCUCAUGACCCUCGUGGGGGGCGUCAUCACCACAAAGAUUCUGAUGCACUCCAGCUACUUCAUCUGUCCUGUCAAUGACCUCGCUGCCAAUAUCUUCACUGGCCUCGAAUGCGAGCCCAAUCCCGCUUUCCUGCCCAAGGUGUACAGCCUUCCCCACUACUUCUUCCUACCGCCCAACGCCAACCUCUCCUUCACCAUCACCCCUAUCCAGCUCCACACCCUGGUUCUGGCCACCUUCGCUUCCCUCAUCGCGCCCUUUGGCGGCUUCUUCGCCUCUGGCUUGAAGCGGACCUUCAAGAUCAAGGAUUUCGGCGACUCCAUCCCUGGCCAUGGCGGCAUGACCGAUCGCAUGGACUGCCAGUUCAUCAUGGGCUUCUUCACCUACGUAUACUACCACACUUUCAUUGCCAUCAAUAAGGCCGCCAGCCUCGGUACUGUUAUGGAACUGGCCAUCACUGGCUUGACCCUCGACGAGCAGAAGGAGCUGAUCCGGGGCAUGGCACGCUACCUCUCCAACCAAGGUGUUGCUCAUAGCGAUGAACUUUACGAGUGCAUCGAUAAGUCUCUGGCGCAGGGUCUGUCAUGA